GUCCUGUGCUCAGCUCUCCAUCUUUCCUCCCUGACGGAGGCCGCAGUCUCUUCAACCAAAUUUGAAAGCGAACGAGGAGUCUCAAAGGUAUAGGUGCAGAAAAGAUCAUCCCGACCGAGAAGGCAGUACGAAAGGAGCACGUGAAUUCUAAUUUAGAAGCCAAGAUGCAGAUGUUAAUGCCUGAACCUCAGAUUUUUGUGGAAAGAACCCUGGCUCUCAUCAAACCAGAUGUCAUUGAUAAAGAAGAAGAAAUAGAGGAUCUCAUUCUCCGAUCAGGAUUCCUGAUCGUUCAGAAGCGGAAGCUCCAGUUAAGCCCAGAGCAAUGUAGCAACUUUUAUGCAGAUCAAUAUGGAAAAAUGUUUUUUCCUAAUUUAACAGCCUAUAUGAGUUCUGGACCUUUAGUUGCUAUGGUUCUUGCCAGACAUUGCGCAGUCUCAUACUGGAAGGAAUUGCUUGGCCCAUCAAACAGCAUAAGAGCUAGGAGAACUCACCCUCACAGCUUAAGAGCAAUCUAUGGGACUGACGAUCUGAGGAAUGCGCUUCACGGCAGUUCCAGCAUUUCCUCAGCAGAAAGAGAAAUUCGUUUCAUGUUUCCAGAAGUGAUCCUGGAGCCAAUUCCGGCUGGACAAAGAGCUAGGGAUUACUUGAACCUUUAUGUAAAGCCUACUUUACUAGCUGGGCUCACUGCACUGUGUAAAGAGAAGCCAGCAGAUCCAAUGACUUGGCUUGCUGACUGGUUGAUUGAACACAAUCCUAAUAAACCUAGGCUGCAACAUCAGAUCAUUGAAGAAGAGCAUCAGGGGUGAGAGCUCAGUGGAAACCAUCUCAAGCAUUCCAAGUUACAGAUACAUACCAUUUUCAGUGUAUCCCUUGGCUAUGUAAUCAAUAUUAUCUGGAGUGAUUGUUAUUGUCAUAACUACCUGCGUCUUCAUGGGAUAAAUAAACUUACACUUAACCAGGAUUUAAUAGUUCUAGUAGCUUUUCUAUUGACAAAGUGAAUGUAGAAUUACAUGAUAAAUUUAUGGUGUCAAGUGAUGAGAAAAAGACAAAAUUCCCGUCAGGUGUGACUUAAUUGCUAUUUCCUCCAUUUAUCUUGGUUUGACUGUCUGGGGAGAACAAAAUUAUUUACACUAGUGCAGAUUCCCAAAUGACAUACAGCUGGCCUGUGCUUUGUGAAACUGAGAGUUGCAUUUCAGCGGUUUUUUAGCAGACACAAAUUCCAUUAUGAAGGGAGGUACUUGGAUGUAAUUUAGAAAACAAUUACUGGAGGCAUAUUAGCAACUUCAGAAUUUUAAUUGCCGGUUACAUCACUGAGCUAAGGUCACUCUUGGGGAUGAUUCACUUGAGCCUGAUGUAUUUUGUCAGAAUGUAAUUUGAAGGACUUAUUUGAAGGUACGUUGAAUGUACCUUUCCCAUCUCAGUGGCGAAAGGUGCAGUGAUUAUAAAUCAGUCUUUGAUUUCCAUUAGAAGUCACAAGAAGGUGUAUUUUAGUCAAGGACUAAUGCUGUCUUCCAACAUUUGUUUGAAAGAAAGGUGCUUAAUUGGAACAGCUCACCUUAAGGGUGUUUUCUGUGUUCUCCUGCUCUUAAAAGGUAUGCUGAUUUCUGUUGUUUUCCUUGUAUUGUUUUUUACCCUUGAACUUUACUGUGUUCUAUUUGAGAAUUUCAAGAGAAUGGGUUAGGAGCCAUGCUAUUCAACAGGCAAUGGGUUAAUCCUGCACUAUUACUUUUUCUAAAGUA